CGCCUGGAGGGGGGGACUUUGGCCGCGCUGCCGCCGGCGGGGAAUGCUGAGGGUGGCCCCCCGGGCCCUGCUGUGCUGCCCCCCAAGAGCCUCGAGAGCCCCCCAGAGCUCCAGCACCGCGGGCAGCCCCACAGCCAUGGCAGCUCCCUCAGACCCCUCAGUGUCCCCAGGCCCCCCGGGCGGGCUGGUGGCGGUGGCGCAGGUGACAUCCACGGCGGACAAGGAGCACAACUGGCGGCAGUGCUCGGGCCUGGUGCGGCGCGCGGCCGCCAUGGGCGCCCGGGCCGUGUUCCUGCCCGAGGGCUUCGACUUCAUCGGGGACAGCGCCCAGCACAGCCUGCAGCUGGCAGAGCCCCUGCACGGGGACACCGUGCGGCGCUACCGGCAGCUGGCCAGGGAGUGUGACGUGUGGCUGUCCCUCGGGGGUUUCCACGAGCGCGGCCAGGACUGGGACAGCACCGGCCGCAUCUACAACUGUCACCUGCUGCUGGACAACUCGGGCUCGGUGGUGGCCCUGUACCGCAAGCUGCACCUGUUUGACGCGGCGCUGCCGGGGCAGCCGGCGCUGAGCGAGAGCUCCUUCACCAACCCUGGCCAGGAGCUGCUGCCCCCCAUCGACACCCCCGUGGGCAAGGUGGGGCUGGCUGUCUGCUAUGACCUGCGCUUCCCGGAGCUGUCCCUGGCCCUGCGCGGGGCCGGUGCCCAAAUCCUGACCUUCCCCUCGGCCUUCACCGUCCCCACCGGAGCUGCGCACUGGGAGGUGCUGCUGCGUGCCCGUGCCAUCGAGUGCCAGUGCUACGUGGUGGCCGCGGCGCAGACCGGCCGCCACAACGCCGCCCGCGCGUCCUUCGGGCACUCGCUGGUGGCCGAUCCCUGGGGCGCCGUGGUGGCACAGUGCCACGAGGGGCCGGGGCUGUGCCUGGCCCACAUCGACCUGCCCUACCUGGAGCAGGUGCGCAGGCAGCUGCCCGUGCACGGCCACCGCCGGGGGGACAUCUACGGGACACCGACGGGGACACCGACGGGGACACCGGGGACGUGAUGGCGCCGGGCGUGGGGCGAAUCCGCCGGGGUUUGCACCGGGUUUGCUUUUCUGUCCCCAAAAUGGGAUGGCACAGUGUGUCCUCCUUGUUCUUUUUGGGGUCCCAAAUCAGCCCCAAAUCUCCUACAAUUCAGCCCCAAAUCAGCAUCAAUUCAGUCUGAAAUCAAUCCCAAAUGUGCAUCAAUUCAGCCCCAAAUCAGCAUCAAUUCAGUCUGAAAUCAAUCCCAAAUGUGCACCAAUUCAGCCCCAAAUCAGCCUCAAAUCAGCAUCAAUUCAGUCUGAAAUCAAUCCCAAAUGUGCACCAAUUCAGUCCCAAUUCAGCCCCGAAUCUGCCCUUUUUGUCCCCAAAAUGGGAUGGCAUAAUGUGUCCUCCCUGCUCUUUUUGGGGUCCCAAAUCAGUCCCAAAUCCCCAUCCAUUCAGCCCCAAAUAUGGAUCAAUUCAGUCUGAAAUCAAUUCCCAAAUGUGCAUCAAUUCAGUCCAAAAUCAGCCCCAAAUCAGCCCCAAAUCAGCCCCAAAUCUGCCCUUUUGUACCCAAAACUGAAUGGCACAGUGUGUCCCCCCUGCUCUUUUUGGGGUCCCAAAUCAGCUCCAAAUCCCCAUCAAAUCUGCACCAAUUCAACCCCAAAUCAGUUCCAAAUCUGCCCUUUUUGUCCCCAAAAUGGGAUGGCACAAUGUGUCCUCCCUGCUCUUUUUGGGGGUUCCAAAUCAGUCCCAAAUCUGCCCUUUUGUCCCCAAAAUGGAAGGGCACAUGUCCCCCCUUUCUUUUUGGGGGUCCCCAAAUCUGCACCAAUUCAGCCCCAAAUCUGCUCUUUUCUCCCCAAAAUGCAAUAGCACAACACGUCUCCCCUUUUUUUAUUGGGGAUCCCAAAUCAGCCCCAAAUCUCCAUCAACUCAUCCCUAAAUCAGCUCCAAAUCUGCACCAAUUCAGCCCCAAAUCAGCCCCAAAUCUGCUCUUUUGUACCCAAAACUGAAUGGCACAAUGUGUUCUCUCUGCUCUUUUUGGGGUCCCAAAUCAGCACCAAAUCAGUCCCAAAUCUGCAUUAAUUCAGCCCCAAAUAUUCUCCCAAAUCAGUCCCAAAUCUUCACCAAUUCAGCCCCAAAUCUGCCCUUUUUGUCCCCAAAAUGAAAUGCCACAACGUGUCCUCCCUGCUCUCCUUUUGGGGGUCCCCACUCUUUUUUGGGGUCCUGAUUCAGCCCCAAAUUUGCUCCAAUUCUGCAUCAAUUUAGCCCAAAAUUGACCCUGAAUCUGCCCCAAUUUACACCAAAUCUGCUCCAAAUCAGCCUUUUUGUCCCCAAAGUGAAAGAGCACAAGGUGUCCCCCUUCUUUUUGGGGGGGGAGUCCCAAAUCUGCUCUGAAACUGCCCCAAAAUCAACCCCAAAUCUGCUUUGAAUCAGCCCCAAAUCUGCCCCAAUUCACCCCAAAAUCUGCAUCAAUUCACCCCCAAAUCAGCCCAAAUUUGCACUGAAUCAGCACUUUUGUCCCCAAAUGGGAUUUCCACUUUUUGGGGGGGUUCCCCCUUUUUUAGGGGUUUUGGGGGAGGAGGAAUUUCUUUCUAUUAAAAUUUGAAAAAUACAAAAAUCCCAGGAAAUGA